AUGAAUUUACUAUACGUCUUUCUUUUGAUAAAUGCAUGGACCUUCACAUGGAGCAAUCCUUGUAUUCAUCAUCCACAUUCGUGCCGCUAUUCACGUUUACAUGGAAUUUUUAAUCAUACUCAGCAAAAAAAAUCAUAUGAUAUAGAUACAGAUAAAUCGAACUCCACCGAACAACAAAACGAUCCUGGUUCAAUUGUUCAUGUGAUGGCAACGUCCAAAGUCGGUGUCAACGUAGAUGAAUUUUCUGAGGAUCCCACUACACUAUCUGGUAUUAUUGAUAUAUUAAAAGCGGAAAAUAAACAGUUCUGGAUUGAUCGAGCUUCACAACAAAUAUUGUUAACAAUGUAUCGAUUUAAUUUUCGUCCUUCGUUUAUGCCUAAUAAAUAUCAACUUCCUCUAACACAACCUAAUCACUGGAAAUUCGAAUUUCAUGGUAAACCAACACGGGAUCGUUCUAUUGAUGGUCAUGAUUUAGUUUACAUUAAUUAUACAUGGUCAACCUAUCUUUUAAGCGAUUUUGAAUCACCAGGCAUUAGUGAACCUAUGUUGAAGAAUAUCGGUGGAAAAUGGAUUGAACAGAUUAUAUUGCCAUGCGAUCCUUAUCACCUUCUUCAACGAACUGGUUAUGCUUGUAUGGAUGAAGGUGAUUUUCCAAUUCCAAGCGUCCAUCCUGAGAGAACCGAAUGGUUUUAUGAUGAUACUUGUGAUAUUGAAGAACCAUAUGUAGCUUCACCAAACCAAGGAUGCCGUCAAUGUCAUUGUUCUCAAACAGUUAAUAUAAGUUGUGUUGAUGCCUUGAAAGAAAAUAUUGGUUCAGUAAAUGUUUCAUUUAUUUUUACUCGUUUACCAUGGAAUCAGACACAAGCCAAUAGAAUUCGAAAACUAAGUGAUCCACAGUCGACUACACAUCCAGAAGAUGCAGAUCAAAACUUACUUACAAGUGGUUUAGCAGCUAAACUAAUAGAAUAUAAAUAUUUUAGUAGUAAUUCAUGUGAAAUUCAUGAGCCUUGUAUUGGAGGAACAGGUUGGCGAAGAUUAUUACUUUUUGAUUCCUCUGAUGAAAAUAUAGGUGGAACGUCUUUAACAAUCGGCCAGAUCUAUACAUUAACCGAUAAUGCUACACAAGAACCUGCUGAAGUAACCAAUCAUGGAUUAUAUCAAUAUGAUACAUGUCAUCAUCAUUAUCAUUUUAAAUAUUAUGGAACAUUUACAUAUGAUAAUGAACAGUUUCAAAACUCAAAACGUGGUUUUUGUAUCAUGUCGACUGGUCGUCAAGCAAAUGCUGAAUGGAGUCCAUUAUGGUCUGCGUUCUACAAUUGUACCUAUCAAGGAAACUCUCCUGGUUGGACAGAUACUUAUCAAGCUGGAAUUCCUUGUCAAUGGAUUGACAUAACUGAUUACAAUACAACGAAUUCAUCUACCACUGCUUUUCUGAAAGCUAACAUGAAUCCUGAUAAUAUGCUAUGUGAAGGACAGUUAGUUUUGGAUGCGGGCGGUAAUUUUAUUUGGGAACAAACAAACUUUACUGCUAUCGAUGGUCAAACUGUUUAUAAACCUGAAUGCGUUACUGGUACAAAUCCGUCUACAUUAGGAAAUAAUAUUGAUGAAGUUCAAAUAACGUUACCAACAGAUGGACACGGUUACGUGACAGAACCUUGUUUCCCAUAUGGUCAACAUAUUGGUUCUGAAAAGAAUUGUGGCUUCAUGAUGAAAUCACCAAUGGAAAAAUGUCAACCAGGAGAAAUAACAAAACUUUCUUGUUUGUUGGAGACUAACCUCAAUUGUAGCGCAGUAUUGACUCCACAAGUCGUGCGCAUAUGUGAAAGCUCUCAAGUAUUAAAUACUGGUCUUGCUUGUGAUUACAAUACUGCCUUAAACAAUAUGGUUGUUAACUCGUCUUCGACAAGUGUUAUCACGUUUAUGUGUCCUUCAUUUCGAGAUUCACAAGAACUAGGUGGUUUAUAUUCAAUUUAUGUAGCUUCGAUUAUGGAUCAACUGGAUGAUCAGCAAACAACAGUUGUGUGUGAACAAAUGCAAUAA